CGUCAGGGCUCGGCUCCGCCCCCUGGUGGUGUAUAGCCACAACGCUCUUUCUCACGCAUAGGAGACACACUCGGGGGGCGAAGGGAGCACACUAAUUCGGGAGCGGAGAGCAAAGCUGUUCUUUGUGCUGGCUUAGGCCUUACAGGACGGGAAUAUACGACUCGGUGGCGGGAUAGAGCAGCACGGCCCUUUAAUUGUUGUUACGUCCAAACAAAGGUCGGAUUAUAGCGUGGACACUUUUCCCUCAGCCGCCUGUGGCUAUAACACUACAAACGUUAGAAAAUGGCGCAGGAGACCAAUCAGACUCCAGGACCUAUGCUGUGCAACACAGGAUGUGGCUUUUAUGGGAACCCUAGGACAAAUGGAAUGUGCUCUGUGUGUUAUAAAGAACAUCUUCAAAGGCAGAACAGUGGUCGAAUCAGCCCAAUGGGAGCAACUGGAGGUUCAAUUAGUCCUACUGCAGAAUCCGCAUCUAAACAGAGAGUUGAAACUGCACUAAACUGUGAAAGUGAUGUUGCCAGCCAGUCUGAAAAAUCAAGAAAUGUGGCUGCCCUGCCUGUAACUCAGCAAAUGACAGAAAUGAGCAUAUCAAGAGAAGACCAUGUGACAUCUCCCAAAUCAGAGUCCACAGAGCCAGUUGUGACUCAACCAAGUCCAUCAGUGUCUCAGCCUAGCACAUCACAGAAUGAAGAUAAGUCACCAGAGCUCCCAAAACCAAAGAAGAACAGAUGUUUUAUGUGUAGGAAGAAGAUUGGGCUCACAGGUUUUGAUUGCCGUUGUGGGAAUUUGUUUUGUGGACUUCAUCGUUACUCUGACAAGCACAACUGCCCUUAUGAUUAUAAAUCAGAAGCUGCAGCAAAAAUAAGGAAAGAGAAUCCUGUUGUCGUGGCAGAAAAAAUUCAGAGAAUAUAAAUGGCUUACAAUUUGUGAAGACUGACUUUCUCGGGUUUUUUUUCCUUUUUUUGUUUUCUGAUUUUAAUAUAUCCUAGGGAAACAUUAAAGAGCAGAUGCAUGUUCAUUUCUUUCUGAUGUAAUACUUUUUUUUUUUUUUG